AGGUGUGGAAUAUAAAACAAGAACCGAUUGGGGAUUAACGGAUCUGAGAGGCAGAGAGAGGGAGAGCGAGAGCAGCAGUUCUCAUGGUAAUGAAGGCAGGACUACUGAGAUUCAGUUCCACUCCUAUUAUUGAGGUUGACGCACAUUAGUAAUAGCUGGGCAUAAAAGACUCAGGCAGAAGAUGAGCCUUCGAUGUAUUUAAGGAACUCUUUAAACAUCGCUCUUUGAGUCUGUCCAUUGAAAAGAUCCUUAAUUAUGAAACAUUUCAUGAAUCAUACUAGGCUAUCACAACAGGGCCACACACUGACAUUUACUGUAAUUGAGAUUAACACAGCACAUCCACACACAUGCUGCUGAAAGACCGCAAGAGCUUAUGAAUACAAACAGAUGCAAGAGAAGAUAAAGAGAGGGGUGUGGGGGAGGAGAGAGAAAGAUCAAAUUGGCAGAGGAGAUGUUCUGCAUUAUCCGGCUGUAAUAACUAGUGAAAGGAGGAAAGCAGGUGAGGGAUAAAACAAUGUGUUAAAGGAAGAUGGAGAGAGGGGGAAAGAUGACUGGAUGAGCCGCGAGGGGGCGUGGUCAGGGUCUAAAUGAUCUGUGCGACAGUUGCUGGAGAGGAGGAGGCAGGAGGCUGUGUUGCAUGCAGUGCGGGGGUGUAAGAACGCAGGAAUAAUCGGAGCGAGAGACGGCAGCAGCAGCAGCAGGCAGUGUGGAUCCCUUCUGUGGAUGCUGUUUGCCUUCAUACCUGGAAACAGAGGAUCAUGAACGCAGCACAAGAGGAUUGAUAGCGUAAAACACACCUUGCUGGAAAGAAACAGACGCACAGGGUAAAAGGCAAGUGGACUGUGCACGGUUUCUGGCACGAGGGACAGGUUUGGGACAGAUGAGGCAUUGAUGCAUUCUUUGCAUGCGUUGCCCAGAAGCGUCUGGAUUUGGCAAGCAGCGCAUGUCUCUGUGCAAUAAACAGCGCGGCAUAUCACUUUAGCCGGUCAUCUGGAUUUUUCUGGAUUUUUCAUCUGGAGUUUUUUUAAGCGACAGUAGUAAAUAGGAUUUCUUCUUUCUCUUUAUUAUUGCCUGUGUUCAAUUUACCAGCCUGCAACCAUUCAGGUGUGCAAGGUGUUUAUUUGUAGAAGGCCAAGCCAAAAACAAUAGUGCAGACAAGUGUGUGUUUGAAAUUGUGUCAACCGAAUGUUUUUAUUCAGUGGCACAGGAGCUCUUGCACACAGAUGCGAAGGUGUCGAAGGAUUGCAUUGCAUUACUGAUGCAAGUGUGGCAGUUAUUGAAUCCGCACGUCACUUCGAUGAAACAUUGCGUUCGGACCUGUGUUGGACCUUUCUGUCACUGGGAAAUUAAAUGUAUUCCUUAAAUGUCUUCGUUUUCGAACGUUUGUCCCGUGGAUCGAAGACAAUCAUAUCUUUUGAGGUUUCUUCAGCAAAAGAACACGUGACGUUUUAAAGACAACGAUUUUGUACCGAUUUUGAAGUUGUUGAAGUCUCGUCAAAGUGGGGAUCAUUUGGCCCCUGGGGGUCCGGGUCCCGGCUCCGGCCCCCGCCCCCAAUCCCAAAAUGCGUCGCUCGAGCACAGAUGAAACGCCGUACCGCCGCAGUCCUUCGUUAGACAGCAAGUUAGGCUCGCCUCCUCAACGUUACAGCGGGGAGUACGAAUACCACAGCACGCCGUUUGUCUUUGGCCUUCGAACACCAGGGUCCAAAAAAGCUCAAGCCAGCUACACAACAGCGCAGGGCAGAAAAUAUGUGGUGUUUUACCUGGACCUGUCCUUCAUCUUCCUACUAGAGCUGCGGCGCUGCAGGAUGGCCGAGGGCUGUGUGAGGGCCCUGAGAUACGCGAUGGUUUUCUUCAACCUGCUCUUCUGGCUCGGGGGUUGUGGGAUACUUGGAGUUGGAGUUUGGCUGUCCAUUACCCAGGGAAACUUUGCUACACUCUCAUCCUCACUGCCGUCACUUUCUGCUGCCAAUCUCCUCAUCGCCGUCGGCACCAUCAUCAUGGUGAUUGGCUGUCUGGGGUGUGUGGGUGCGGUCAAAGAGAAUCGUCCGUUACUCCUGAGUUUCUUCAUCCUGUUGCUCCUGCUUCUGCUACUGGAGAUUCUGUUCAUCAUUCUCUUCUUUGCUUAUCAAGAUCAGAUUGAUCUGUAUGCUCAGAGUGAUCUGAAGAAAGGUUUACAGCUCUUUGGAACAGAAGGAAACAUCGGCCUGACCAACGCCUGGAGUAUCGUCCAAACAGACUUUCGCUGCUGUGGAGUGAAUAAUCACACAGAUUGGUUUCAUGUGUACAAUGCCACUCGAGUGCCGGACUCGUGUUGUCUGGAGUACAGCGAUAACUGCGGCCUGGAGAAUCCUGGCACCUGGUGGACCGCUCCAUGCUAUGAGCGGGUAAAGGGAUGGCUUCAUGAAAAUCUGGUGGCUCUGUGGAUUUUUGCUCUGUGUUUGGCUCUAACACAGAUUCUGGGUCUGGUGUUCUCCAUGACUAUGUUCUGUCACGCAGUGAAAGUGGACACGUUCUAUGCAUAAAAACAUGACUGAGAGCAGCACUGCCACACAGGACCAAAUCAUUUCAGAUCUUCAAACAACACGCAACACUGUAAAGGCGAAUUCACACGGAUCCGACAAACACCAACAUUCUAACAUUCUCAUUGACAUUGAUCCAACGUGGGAUGCCAACAGGGAUUUCACACUGAUCAACAAACUCAAAUAAACACAAUUUUUAUAGUGCCAGUAUAAUGAGUCAAUUAAAACAAACUGAUCUUUAUUGUGAAUAAGGACAUUUACUUUUACUGUUGUUGUUAUCAUUCAGAACUGUCCUCUUUUUGUCAUAUACUGGCUGUAUUCUGAUAAAUCCAGAUCUGAAGAGAUCAAACACCUUUUGAAGGAUAGGUGGAGCGCACUUGAUUGGCUGAAAGGUUUAUUAUUAUUAUUAUUCAUGUGUUCAUCAUGGAGACAGACAGAUGAAUAACCAAUGGUGUUAUUUUAUACUUGUAUGAAUACAUAUUACAUAUGAUAUGCAUUACAUCCAUUUAUAUUUAUUCUGAGUGGGCUUGAGUUCACAUUUAAUUAAGAUCCCAAUUUUGUAUUUCUGACUAAAAAUAUGACGUCAGUUUUUGAAGAACCAUUUUUAAGAGAAAUGUUGGUAACACUUUACAAUAAGGUGCUAUUUAUUAACAAUUAGUUAAUGCAUUAGCUAAAAUGAUCUAACAAUGGACAAUACUAAUACAUCACUUAUUAAUGUUCAUUCAUGUUCAUUUCAGCAUUUACUAAUACAUUAUUAAAAUCAAACAUGGUCACUGUUAACAUUAGUUAAUGCCCCAUGAACUAACAUGAAUAACUGUAUUGACAUGAACUAACAUUAACAAGGAUUAAUAAAUUCUGAAAAACUAAAUUGUCCAUUGUUAUCUAAUGUUAGCUAAUGCAUUUACUAAUGUUAACUAAUAGCACCUUAUUGUAAAGUGUUACCGAAAUGUUUAAGUAAUGAUGUGGAAACGAACACAGCAACAUGUGAGCUAAAUGAUCUACAGUAGCCCCAUGAAGACAAAGUCUAUUAUUUCAGCACAGAGAAGUGCAAGCCAUUGUUUGCCCCCCCACACAGUAACAAAUACUGUCAUCACUUACUCACCCUCUUGUCAUUUCAAGCCUGUAUGACCAACUUUCUUCCGCAGAAAAUAAAAAGAUAUUUUGAAGAAUGUUGUUAACUGGCACCCAUUCACUUGCAUUGGUUUUGUGACUGUACAAUAGAAGCGAAUGUGUGCCGUUGCUGUUCGGUUACCAACUUUUGUGUUCUGCGAAAGAAAGAAAGUCAUUCAGGUUUGAAAUGACAGGCCGGUGAGUUUAAAUGACAGAAUUUUCAUUUUGGUGUGAACUAUCACUUUAAACUCAAUGCAGUGAUAAAAACAGAGAAAAUAGCAAACUUUACAGUCAAUCAAACGGUUGCUUAUUUAAAGUCGACUGGGAGAUGAGAAAAAACCCACCUGGUCUGAAUGUCAUUGCAAUGCAUCCUAAAAUAUUUAACAAAUGAUGCUCAAGCCUCAAACACUUUAUAAUUUUAAAGCUAGCAAGAUUUGAUCAUUUAUUUUGUGAGGGGUGCUUACAGUACACUUGCUUUGAUAUUUUGCAAGGACAUUCAGACAUGUUAUAUUGUCCAGAUUCUUCCUGGAAUCACUGCAAACUCAAGCUGCGGAGAUCUGCAGUAGCUGUUGAGAUGUGAAGAGAAACAUCACGGGGCGCUUUCCCGGACAGGCCUUAAGCUAGUUCCAGACUAACAAUUUACACUGACAUAUCAUAAAUUAUGAUAAAUAUGAUAUCGUGAAAUACAAUCAGUGUCGUCUCAAGAUUCACACCAAUGUUUUUUGUUGAAUUAAAUAUCCUAAUUUAACUAUAAGGGCAAGUCCUGGCUCAAGCUGAACCUUGUCAGGGAAACCACCCCAAAACAUUCAGCUCUGUACACAGAAUGACAGAUCAUAUUAACAGAAUACAUGAGCACAAUUUCCUUCAAAUAUGGAGGUUUUUUUGUAGUUAUGUAUAAUACCGGAUGAUUUCUACCACACCGCGUAGGAAUACUGCAUCCCACAAUGCAAUGCACUUGACCUUACAUUUCCAGUAUGAUAAGCGAUACAUAAAAUCAACCAAGGUCUUCUCAUUUGCGGAUUAUUUGGUUACUUUUGGCUGCCAUUGAAAGUAUUUUUUAACAUGAAACGUGUUUUAAAUGAAAAAAAAAAUCUGUUUAUGUUACGAUAAUACGACAAUGCAGCAUACUACUGUUUUAAGCAGUGUUGUAUAAGGCUAUACUACUUUAUAAAAAGCAUUAAGCAGAAUCCAGUAUGUGAAGGUUGUAUUAUGAACAGUCAGUAUGAAAGAACUGAUUAUAAACAGAAUUAUGUAUAGAGCUGUGAUGUAAUGAAUAAAACUUUUACAA